CGACAGUUGUUUUACGACAUCGUCGUUUUACGACUGCUGUUGUUGACAGGCGCGGAAUUUGUAAAAUCAAUAACAUCACAUUUAUCUGCCGUUUUUACCAACCCUUUCAGUUGGAAAAAUAGUUUUAAAACUAUUUAUUUAUUAGCAGAUUGGGUCCACGCUAAUGCACGUUACAUUGUAAAUUGUGUUUAGGUGAUCAGGAAAAUUGUAAGGUUAAGCUUCGGCAUGUAAACUUAGUUUCAGGGUUGAAGUUUGACAUGAGCUACUCCCAUCAAGCUAACUGACCCUGUGAGAUCUGGACAGUUUUAUGUUGUGUCAAUCUGUUGGAUCAGUCAAAAUAACAGUUUGUAACAACGCUUCAGGAGUUAUGUUGACUGAUUUUAGCUGGGCACGACGUGUGUGUGUGUAACGUUAUGUCAAGUGUAUCUCCAAUGCGCCCUGGCUAGGCUAGGCUAGCUAUGCUGAUACAUCAUCUGACUAGGGCUCUGUUCACAUCCGGACGACCGUUAACGUUACGGCUCCAGGUCCACAGGCGGUUUAGCGUCACCGGACAGAAGAGGACAGACUCCCCGGGAGACAUGAUCCGGAGGACUCAGAUCAAACGGGUUCUCUGUGUGGCGGAGAAGAAUGACGCGGCCAAAGGCAUCGCGGAGAUCAUGUCUGACGGCAGAGCGAGGAGGAGGGAGGGGCUGUCCGUCUAUAAUAAACUCUAUGAGUAUGAAUACAACCUGUUUGGAAGGAAUGUGACGGUGUGUAUGACGUCAGUUUCAGGUCAUCUGUUGGGUCUGGAGUUCAAGGCUCAGUUCCAGAAAUGGCACAGCUGUAAUCCUGUCCUGUUGUUUGAUGCGGAGGUGGAGAAGUAUUGUCCUGAGAACUUUGUUCAGAUCAAGCGGACCCUAGAGAGAGAGGUGAGUCAGUGCCAGGCGCUUGUCAUCUGGACAGAUUGUGACAGAGAGGGAGAGAACAUCGGCUUUGAGGUGAUAGACGUCUGCAAAGCAGUCAAGCCCGGUGUGCAGGUGUUCCGUGCUCGGUUCUCUGAGAUCACUCCCAACUCUAUCAGGAGAGCAUGUGACACGUUAACGGAACCAGACGGCAACGUCAGUGAUGCUGUGGACGUCCGUCAGGAGCUGGACCUCAGGAUAGGUGCAUCGUUUACCAGGUUCCAGACACUCCGCCUCCAGAAGACCUUCCCUGCCUCGUUGGCCAAUCAGCUGAUCUCGUAUGGCAGUUGUCAGUUCCCUACGCUGGGAUUCGUUGUGGAACGUUUCAAAUCCAUCCAGGCAUUUAUACCGGAGACAUUCUACAAGAUCAGAGUCCUCCAUGAGGUAGAGGAGGAAUCAGUAGAGUUCAGCUGGAAGAGGAACAGACUGUUCAACCACACAGCCUGUCUAGUGAUCUACCAGAUCUGUCUGGAGGAUCCCAUAGCAACCGUCACCUCGGUAACCAGUAAACCCAAAAGCAAGUGGAGGCCGCUGCCCCUGGACACAGUGGAAAUGGAGAAGCUGGUUUCCAGGAAGUUGAGAAUCGGCGCCAAAGAGACCAUGAAAAUCGCUGAGAAACUAUACACACAGGGGUUAAUCAGUUAUCCGCGUACAGAGACCAACCUGUUUCCUAAGGACCUGGCCCUGGGCCCCUUGGUGGAGCAUCAGACACACAGCCCCUCCUGGGGGGCCUUCGCUAGGGGGGUGAUGGAGCAGCCAGGGGGACCCAACCCACGGCAGGGCACCAAGACAGAUCAGGCUCACCCCCCUAUACACCCCAUUAAGUACACCAACACACUACAGGGCAACGAGCAGCGUGUGUAUGAGUUCAUUGUGCGUCACUUCCUGGCGUGCGUAUCCCUUGAUGCUGUGGGGCAGGAAACGGUGGUCGAGGUGGAAAUGGCUCACGAGAGGUUCUCCGCAAACGGCCUCAUGAUCAUCAGGAGGAACUACCUGGACGUGUACCCCUACGACCGCUGGAGCACUAAGGUGAUCCCAGUGUAUGAGCAGGGUAGCCAGUUCCAGCCGUCAGCGAUAGAGAUGCUGGAUGGCCAGACCUCUCCUCCUCAACUCCUCACGGAGGCAGACCUCAUAUCACUGAUGGAGAAACACGGCAUCGGUACGGAUGCCACCCACGCAGAUCACAUUGAGACCAUAAAGAGCCGUAUGUACGUGGGACUAACAGCUGAUCAGAGGUUUCUACCAGGAGAGCUUGGGAUGGGACUGGUGGAGGGUUAUAACUCCAUGGGGUAUGAGAUGUCUAAGCCACACCUGCGGGCGGAGCUGGAGGCGGACCUGAAGCUGGUAUCGGAGGGGAGGAAGGACAAACAGAGCGUGUUGAGACACCACAUUCACAAAUACAAGACGGUCUUCGUAGAGUCUGUUCAGAAAGCCAAGAGGUUGGACGAGGCUCUGUCUAUCUAUCUGGGCGCUGCCCAGGAGUUCAGCGAAUCAGAGCAGCAGGAUAUGGAAAUGCCCCUCCCAGUCAGGAAAUGUCCUCAGUGUGGGCGGGACAUGGUGCUGCGGAGGAGGAAGGAGGGGAAUGGGAAGUACCUGUCCUGCGUUGGUUACCCAGAAUGCAAGUGUUCCGUGUGGUUUCCGGACACGGUGUUAGAGGUCAACAGAGACGAGUCUGUCUGUCCCACCUGUCAGCCCCGCCCUGUUCACAUGUUAAAGUUGAAGUUCCGACGAGGCAGCCUCCCUCCCAUGAUGCCGCUGGAGUUUGUGGGCUGCAUCGGAGGGUGUGACGAGACACUGAGGGAGGUGCUCAACCUCAAAUACCUCAGAAUGGGUGGAGGGGGUGGCGGGAGGACCCCCAACCCCCUCCUCAUCCUGGCCCCCCACCCUCGCCCUGACCCCCAGGCCCCACGCCCUGACCCCAGAGGUGGUGACAUCACAGUGUGUAACUGUGGGUCGGAGGCGGUCCUCCUCACCGUGAGGAAAGACGGUCCUAACCAGGGCAGACAGUUCUAUAAGUGUUCCUCUGGAGGCUGUAACUUCUUCCUGUGGACCGACCAGCCCGACACUAACGUUUACCCUCCAGGCCCCCAGGGGCGCGCCACCCAGCAGGCCACACCAGCCCCCGGGACCUCCGGGGAGGUGGUUUGUAACUGCAGUGAGCCAGCGGUUCAGAGGACAGUGCAGAAGGAAGGACCUAAUAAAGGAAAAGUGUUCCAUACCUGUGGGAAGCCCAGAGAUCAACAGUGUGGAUUCUUCCUCUGGGCUGACGAGAACAUCCCACCACCAGGUUCAGGUUCUGGAGGGGGAGACUGGGGGAAGAGGGGGAGGGAGACUGGGGGAGGAGGAGCCCCCCCCACCACCAAACCCCCCGCUACCAGGAAGCCCCGUACCUGUGGCAUCUGUCACAUGCCUGGACACACACGUGUCACCUGCCCUCAGCGCUGACCUUUAACCCCUGAUCCCACUGCUGCCAUAGAGAUGCUCUGACCCCCGUGUGACCUUGUCCCCGACCUCUGAACUCCAAUGUGAUCAAGAAGCUCAGCGGUUGAUGUUUUUGAUAUAAACACAGAACUAGAAUCAGUUUACCUUCAACUCGCCCCUUAACCCUAAACAUCAGGAGGGGAUCCCAGACGGACCAGAGGCCAGAGGUGUUAAACCAGGGUUCAUUUGGGACAGGAGUGGGACUGGGUUCAGUCUGCCUGUGUCUCACCUCUGACAGAGAAACUGCAUUUAAAGGAGAAUAGAUCAAUAGUUUACAGAGAAAUAAAAGAAUGGAUUUGAAUGGUAAUUUGUCCCCAAUAUGUAACAUUGGUGUAAAGAAUAGAAUUGUAAAUCCAGCUGGGAGGAGACAGACUGGAGAAAGGGGAGAUUAAUACUGGUAUUUUUGAAUGUUUAUAUAAAAUCACUGAUCCCAGCAA